AUGUUUAAAGCCUUUGGGACCAAGAAAGAGAAGUUCGAGUUUCGGUUUAGGUUUCAUGCUACUCGGGUACCGGCGACGGGGUUCGAGAGGCUGGUGGUGUCGCUGAUUCCGGUGGACACGGGGAAACUCGAGGGGCAGACGCCCAAGGGGGUGGUGAGGAACGGCACGUGCACAUGGACCGACACCAUCACAGAAGUUACGCGCCUCGCCAGGAAUCCCAAGGGGAAAGGCUACGAACAGAAGGUGUACCGGCUCAUCGUGUCCACGGGCUCCACGCGAGGCGGCAUUCUAGGCGAGGCGACUCUGAACCUCGCAGACUUUGCGGGCUUCAACCAGCUGGACCAGCGCGCACUGCCGCUCAAGUACUGCCCCGCAGGCACCGUGCUGCAUGUGACCAUUCAAUGCUCUUCUCGUGAUCCCAGGUCAGUCAUCGCUCCCUUGUAUCACUAA